AUGCAUCCUUCUGGGGUAAUGGGGAUGGGAAUGGGAAUGGGUGGGGGUGCUUUGAGCGCUGCCGUCGUCAGCACCAGGCGGUGGCUCUCAGUCCGUACGGCGAACAUUUUCAGCCGGGAGGGUAUCAGUCACGCCCGCCGCGUGUCUUGGGCACCGCACACCACGGACAAGAAGCAGGGGGCCUUCGCCAAGCUUGCGAGGUCGAACUUCAACGACCCCACCCCACAGAGUUUUUUCACCGGAACCUUACUUCGAACAGGAGAUGGAAGCCUAUCGGCAACACCCAUGUCCCUUCGGGAGUAG